AUGGCUGAGAAUGUUUCAUUUUCAGUACCUGUUGUAAUUUAUAACAUUCCUAAAGAUUUUGAUACAUUUUCUCUUCACAACAAUGAAAAAGUCGAGAACACCAAUGAGGCUAUUCCUGAUACCAAGUCAGGUUUUGCAUACGUGAGACAGACACUCCUGCAAGACUUGCUAGCAAACUACCACAAGCGUCCGUGGCAGCUGGGGGAAGAGACUUGUGAUAGCCUUGCUUGCUGUUAUAUUACCAGGCUGCAUUUGGGAAAUGAGGACGAUCUAAAGAACUGUGAAGAAAUGCACCCUCCAACUGGACUAUGCAAUGGAAAUGUUGGAACCAAAAAUAGUCAUCUUGUGAGGCUCAUACGAACUGGUAUCCUCGGCAAGUCUUUCAUGUUAAAAAUACAACAGCGCGCGCCUUUGCUCUGGAACUGGGCUCUGCCUCCUGCAAUACCUUGCAGACACAGUGCUUGCGGAAUGAAAGAAUGCGAGAUCUUCUUCAUUCUGGAUAUCCCGCCAUCAUUCAUCAAGCGGGAUCUGAAGAAUUUCUUCUUGCAACCUCUGCGGGUUGGUGACAUGUGCGACAUAAUUUACCUACAGCGACCCUCGUCCAACCUCAAGCAAUUCAUGAAAGAGAACAUGCCUCACUUUAGCCUGGAGGGAUCACUCGACGUAGCAGAGAAUGACACAGUUGCCAGUGACUCGUGCCAAGACUUCAUCCAGAACCAUCACGGCAAGCCCUGGCAGUCUGGAGAAGGCACGUGUAGUGUUGUCAGAGUUAGCAGGGAGCACACGGCCAGCCUGGUGUUUUUAAGCGAAUUUUGGAAGUUCGCGGGAGUGAAAGACAUCGUGAGCACAUCGGAGGAACCUGAGGAGUUCUUCAUGAAACUUUUCCUAGCAGGUCUACCGCCCGUCGAUCUCAGAGACAGGCUGAGGAAUGCUGUGCCUCACUUGUGGAAGAAAAUUGAAGGCUCUCAUAAUAGGAUGCGCCAGAAAACCACGCGGAAAAAAGAAGGCAAACAAACGCAAGAAGACCUACAGUAUGAAGGCUCAGAGGACGGAUCAGACGUGGAGGAGUGGGAGAGAUCGGAAGCUUUCCGGGACACCAUCGAUGAAAAACGCAGCGCCAAGGAGCUCAGAUACGAGCAAGAUAUUGAGUUGGUGUGGGAGAAAGGAGGCUCGGGUCUGAACUGGCACACGGACGCGGCGUACUGGCGGGAGCAGGAGGGCGGCUUCGACGAGCGCACCACGGACGAGUGGGACGUCGACAUGCAGGCUUACUAUGGCGGUGUCGCUGGAGAUUACGACGCGGUAUGCCGGCAAGAUAUGGAUAGGAUGGAUCGUUUACGAGCUGGAGAAGACGAAAGCUGCUUUGCUCCUCCGUCUGGCAGGGCUUUGAAAGCAAAUAAACAGCGCCGUACGACCAGUUCGACAACACAGCUGCGUACGACAACUUCACCAUUUAUUGCUCCCUGUACUGAGAGUCCGGACGCUGCCAGACGUAGGAUGCUCGUCAACCUGCGGACGGAUGACGUACCUGUUCCUGGAACUAGAACUGCUCGACGCAAGGCUAAUAGAGCAUCCCGCACCCCCGCCAGCGCGGGGCUCGGGGAGUUCGAGCAGCACACCCGCGGUGUGGGGAGGAGGGUGCUGGAGGCCCAGGGCUGGAGGGACGGACAAGGCCUGGGGAAGCGUGGGGAGGGACGACCGAACAUCGUGGCCACCGUCCACCGUCUCCCCACCGACAAGAAGGGAUUGGGGUUCCUGGACCCUGGUCCGUGUUGGAAGGCCACCGGGGCUCCGGUGGCCUACAAGAGCCCCGAGCGCUGCAGUAGCGACCUGGAGAACUCCUACAAGAACAUUAACACCUACAAGAACAUUAACACCUACAAGAACAUUCCUCUUGUGGCCCUCAACUCCUACUACCUGCAACAGAAGAAGAUUUUUGAGACCGACUGUCUUGCACUUCUUGGGGAAGGGUGUUCGGGGACUGAUGAAAAUACCUUGGAUUCCAUUCAUACGUUGCAUGAAACUCGACGGAAAAAGCUGAAGAAAAUGAUGAGUGAACUUGAAACGGUUGAUGUGUCUGAGAAGAAAGGAGAUCCACGGGAAUGUUUUGUCAAGGCUGGCGAUGUUCAAGUUUCGUCAAAUAGCAAUGACGACGAAAAUAUAAAAAAUGACUCACCGUGUAUUAUCAAUGAGGGGGAAAAUAAAGAGGAAAGCUUGCAAAGAGCGAGACUAAUGGAGAAGCAUUUAGAAUAUCUUAAUGAGUAUGGGGUCUGUGAGGCGCAAGUUGAGGAUGAAUCUUGUAAUGAUGUGACUCACUGACACUAGAAACUCUUAGAAGGAUAUUUUAUUUAUUUAUGAGAAUUCGUUGAAAAGGUGAACAAAUGUUAAUGGAAUAUAUACUCUUUACAAAACUGCUUAUGUAUUCUUCUUAAUUAGUUUACAGGGAGAGCAUCAUGAUUUCAUUCAUUGUAUCGCUCUAUUAAUGAGAUGACUGUCAGGUUCGAAAAUCUUUGCGACGUGUGCUACUUUAAAACCCCAGCAAUAUGGCCGACUAUGACGCACAGUUGACUCAUGUAGAAUACUAUUUUGUGUGAAGGAAUGAAGGAUUCGUUGUGAUGUAUAUUUCUCAUGAUACUUCGCAUGUUUAUUGGUAACGUGAAGAUGGACUAAACUAGGAAAUCUAAAUGUUUUUGUUUUGUCUGCUCUCUUUGAAUUUUGAUUAAAUUAAAAUUAGUAUGACGAGAGAACUGAAAUUGGUAAAUUCUCACCAGUUGAAUCAAAUUGGCUAUGAGCCUUAUAGUUGACGGAACUGAAUUCAGUUGUCAAUUAAACUUCGUACAGAUUAUCGGUGAGGACAAAGUGGAGAACCACGAUACUGAUAUUAUUUAAAUAUUCAUUUUCCAGCUAUUUAAUUUUUUUAAUUAACAUGAACAUUUUCGUAACGAUAUUCUGUUACUCCGGAGAACGUGCUCGUGAUACGUACCAAGUUGACGUUUGCGGUCAGCGUACGAGCAAUAAUGUCGCGCCACGUAUGACAUUAGUACAAUAAUCAAGCAUUUCCCGUCUAUCUUUAGGCAAGUCACAAAUUUUAUAUUAUGGAUUUUCGCUCUGACUACAUCAGAAACGAAAGUUUUGUAUAUUAUGCUAGGAUUUAGAAUAUAUGUAAAUAACAAAUACAACGUACAACAGUC